UACAGGGGACCCAUCGUUUUUUCAGCAUCCUUGGCAACAACCAGCUCCACUCCAUGCUAACCAUUCCAACUGUCACACUCCAAGUUCUCUGAGAAGAGCAACUUUACAAUGCUAUUUAGAAAUCUUCAAAGGAGUGCCCAAGGACCUGCAUUACGCCCACUGAUUUCCUGUACUUUUGUGAAAGGCAUAAAGGGUGCUGACCUUCCUGCCUCUUCAAGAUGGUAUACACUAAAAUUAUGACCAAAAAAGGCAGCAACCAACCCAUAGCCGCUUUUAGCAAGGCUCACACGUCACGACACAACUUCAGGUCUAGCGCGCUGCAGGCAACAAUGAACUGGCAGCCUUCUUGAUAAGGUGUGGCUACAUUCUGCCUCCUGCCUACUUCUGGCCGCUGCUCCACCAUCUCACGUCACAUUGAAGUCUGUCUCUCAUUCUGUAGUUGACCAGAAUCAGCUCCACCAUGUUCAACAACAGCUCUGUCCUCCAGCUGGACUCUAACAAGACAUCAGUUCACGAGUUUGAUGGGCCGGUCCCCUGUCUCUUGUGGUACUUGCUGAACACAAAUGUACCCUACAGCCAGGCUGAAGAAGCCUGCUCCAUGUACUUUAAAGAAUUUGAAACUGGGACCACAAUCAUCUAUGGGCUGACAUCAGGUUUCAUCAUCAUCACGAAUGCUGCUGUGCUCUGGGGAAUCAUCGGGAAACGACAACUCCACACAUCUUUCUACUUCUACAUGGCAAAUCUCUCCUUGGCAGACAUUUUAGCAGGUAUUGCACUUCUAUGCUAUCCUACAGUAGUCCUGAUGGGAGAGACAAGUCUGUACAGCAGAAUGAUCAUUGCAACUGUAGUAAUAAGUAGUCAGGUUCUGUCUGCCUCAGCUCUAGCCCUCCAAUCUGGGAAUUCCUAUAUUGCUGUGCGGCAUCCCACAUACUUCCACAACCAUGCUGACACUGCCAACCGUAAUGCAGGUGUAGCUAUUGUUUCUUCAUGGCUUCUGUCCUUGCUUAGCCUUGCACCCAUUAUGGGUUGGAACUGUCUGGAUAUGCCCACACAAAACUGUUCUACCUUCUACUACACUGCCUACCUUGGUCUUGUAGGUGGAAUGAUCAUACUCCUGGCCAUCACUUCAUUGUUUACAACUAUAAGUGCAUUUAUUGCUCUAAAGCAACGGCAAAAGAACAGGUUUGGGCAGCUGACAGGGGCCCAGCCAAUUCAAGGCAAUAGUUCCACACAAAACAGGGUAGGGCAAAAUCAGCCUCACAAUCUGGCACAAAAGGAGGCAGAGAGAAAAGACCAAAAAAGUCUAAACAAGAUAAAGACAGUUCUGACCUAUGUGGGGUUUGCAUUUAUGGCCUGGCUUUUGCCUCUAGUGCUCACCUCAUUAUGCCACGAUGGUAACUGCCUGCUUCCAACUGGAGCACGUGGGAUGGUUGUGCUAAUAACAUUGAACUCAGCAAUCAACCCGAUUGUAAGUCUUGUCCGCACACCAGACUUGAGGAAGGCAGUCUGGCAAAACAUGACAGCUAUCUAUCGGGUACCAACUGCACUUGUCACCAUGAUACGGGGCAACCUGGACAAUCCACGGGGGGUACAAGGUGUGCCACUGAGUGCCACAAACAUGCAGGGUGGCGCUGUACAAAACACACCGGCAGGACACAGCAAUGCUCCUGUGAACCUGGCAUUGGCAGGGCCAGAUACUGCUUCACUUCAAGUGAUGAACAUUGAAUACAUUACCACGGUGUAAAUGUCCUGACUGAGCACUGAUAAAGAACAGCUACACACUCAGGAGAACAAAGGACAGAAACAAAAUAGGUACCACUUUCAUGGACAACAAUGGUAUGUUUAUCUUUAACAAUUUUUGUAAGUCUUAUAAAUGGACAAAGAGUUGUAAAACUACCCUGACUCAAAAUGCUGAGGUAGUGCUUUAAAGUGAGGUGUGAUCUAGAUGUAUGUGUGUGUGCCCUAACUAUGUGAAGUAUAAAUUACAUGUUUAAAGUAAAAAUGUUUUUGUUUGCAUACGUUCAUGUUGGACACAAGGAUAAAGCAUUCCGGUAUCAGUGUAACUAUGAGAAUUUCUGAUUUCUGCUGUAAAUAUUUUUGUCUUUCUCAAAGAGAUUUGAGUGUAGAUAUUGUGUAUAAGUAAGGAGCCUCAAACUCCAGAGGGAGGUAUUAUCAUCCAAUAAAACCAUCAGCCAAGUUUUUGAGGAAUUCCAUUUGUGGUUGAUUAUGCAACAAGUGUUAUGUAAAACAACAUAAUACCCUAUAUGUACGUGAAUGCAUAGACAUUGUGAAUAUUUUCGGCAGAAAUGAAGGGCGAUAAGCACAUCAACAAGGCCAUUUGAUGAUAAUGCAUAUAACAAGAUGAGUUUUUUCUUGCCCCUGAAAUUAUUUCUUCUGUACCCUAACUUUACCAGGCCUUGUCAGACACAUAAUGAUUAUAUAAUCCAGGCAUAGGCUGAGAUUUUUAAUAGAGGGUACAUGUGGAGAUCUAAGUAGACUGAUCUGAAACUGUAUGCUUGUUAAUACCAGCAGGACUAGUGAUAACUUUACUUCCUAAAAUUGUCUGUUGAAAAAUAACACCCCCAUCUGGAGUUUAGUGCUCCUUUGGUCAUGAAAGAAUUUUGUGUUAUAUAUAGAAUCUGAAUUCAUUUUAAGAAAAUGUCAAAUAUUGUUCAUAUUUAUCUUUCUGACGUGUCAGUAAAAUAUAAUAUACUGUAAAUGCGAAAUGUUCGUGGUGAAUUAAUGUUCGCGGUUUUCGCGUAAUAUAAUAUUUGCGUAAUGUAAUCUUUAAAUUAGUAGAUCAAAUUACGAAUUGAUAUGUAAAUCAUCAUCAUCCGGGCGUGCUGGUUGCACGGAUGGCCAUAUUUGAAUUAGUAGAACAAAUUACAAAUUGAUAUAAUGUAAAUCAAUCUUAUGUUCUCCACCUGCUUUCUGCCUGCCAGUGCGUCCCUGUGACAUUAUCAUGCUCGCUCAUAUAUUGCU